GUCAACAUGGCAGCUGAGUUUGCAGCUACCUACAAAAUCCUGGUCCUGGGUGAUAGCAAUGUGGGGAAAACUUGCAUAGUUCACCGCUUUUGUGACGAAAGGUAUUACGAUACAUAUAUCUCAACUAUAGGUAUUGAUUUCAAACAGAAAAUUAUUAAUUUGGAUGGAAUGCCGAUCAAAUUACAGAUAUGGGAUACUGCUGGUCAAGAAAGGUUCCGAACACUGACAACAGCCUAUUACAGAGGAGCAAUGGGGAUACUUGUCAUGUAUGACGUCACAAACAUGGAUUCUUUCAAUCAUUUGAUGUACUGGUUCAGGAAUGUGGAGGAGAAUGCUUCUCAAGAUGUAGUUAAAGUACUGGUAGGUAACAAGUGUGAUGCUACCCAUAUGAGAGUAAUAGACUUCGAGAGAGGACAGAAGAUGGCAGAAACUUUUGAUAUCCCGUUCUUUGAAUGCAGCUGCAAAAACAAUGAAAACAUUCAUGAGGCUUUCAUUGAACUUGCGAGAAAAAUCAGAGAACAACGUGAGAUAAGAGCUAGUAAAUUUGAUGAAAUGGAAAGGCUGCAAUGGGAAAAAGCAGAUCUUAAUCAAAAUAAACAACUGACAACAGGAGCUUAUCGCUGUAGUUGCUAGGUUUCUCUUCAUGAGCCGAAGUUUAUAUCUUAAAUAAAAUGUUAUUGAAUUACAGAAAGAACUAGAAGCGCACAUUUAGAAAUAAAAAGGACUGCCAAACUCAGAAGAUGAGCAAGAAACUUGUUAGAAACUUUGUUAAAUAUUGUAUGUUUAUUCCUCAUCAUAUUUGCAUUUGAAGCAAGUGCAGAAUUUCUGAACAAAGAGCGGUACUUGUCUGAUUAUGAGACGAGAUAUUUGUAAUCUUAUUUUUUAUGAUUUUCUAUAUACUUCUGUAACUCAAAAUGUUAGGUGUAGUAUUUCUGACGAGACCAAAUUUUUAUAUUAAUAUAAGCAAAACUUUGCCUAAAUUAAAUUAACACAUUUUCUUUAACCGUUUCCUUCUAAGUUCAAAUGAUAUUUCUCAUGUUAUGUACUUAACAAUAAUUAGAUUUAAGAUUUUUCAUAAAACCUAUUACCCCUAUAAGUUUAGUAAUAUGUUGCUUUAGAGCAUUUUAUCCUUUUUCUACUUGAAAUUAUAGGUUUUCAGAAAUAUGAUUGGAAAAUUUCUGUGUCGCUAUUUCUGAUAUUGCAUAUAUUUAGAUAUGACUUAUCAGAUCAUAUAUAUGUGUGUGCUUUAAGAUUUAUAUGUUUAUAUAAAAAUUAAUUCUGCAUACAAUUCGUAUGCCAUGACAAUUGUAUCAAUCUUCCGUUUACGGUUUUAUGAAAAAUAUCUAAAAUGCUGACACUAUUUUACAUAGCUCCUUUUGUGAAAAUGCUAAAUGUUCAUGCUGUGGAUUUGACACAACAAUUUAUACAAAAAGAGAAAAUGAAAUGAAUUUGUAUUAAGAAUCAUUUCGUAUGGACUUGAUUCAAAGUAUGUUCUAAUUACAAAUGUGUCGACUGAUAGAAGUGAUUAUGCAUAUUUUUCCUUGAGAUCUUUAACGCCAAUCGUCUAAAUUUACUUUGAUAUUAUUGAAGUUUUAUGGUUUGAAAAGCAAUGGGAUUAAUCUCUCACAUGAGCAAGCAAAUCUUAAAAUUACAUUAAGAAAAAAGUAAGAAUAAUUAUUAAAAGAUAAUUAGCUUAUGCAUUGUUUGUAAUUCUCAUAUUUUAAAACCUUUUCAAAAUUUCACUCUUAAAAUUUUAACCUCCAAGAAUACAUGUAUUUCUCCAAGCAAUAUUUCUAAAGGCCACUUUACUUAGUGAAGUAAAAUAUUUUUAACUAGUAAUUAAUCAAUUUCAUAACCAUAGAAUAAUAAUAAACCAAUAAUUAUUUGAAUAGGUAUUUUAUGAAGAUAUUAGUGUUACAUAAUAACGUAUGCUUAAAACCAGAUUAUUAUCAGUUUUAGACUCUUAAAAUAGCUUUGAAAUUCCUAAAAGAUAAAUUUUAUCAAUCUGAAAUUGCCAACGGAGGAUAUAACCCUUGUUUUCAGUACUUUUCUAAUUAAUAAUAACAAAAUAAGGUCUUCUGAAUAAGUGUAAACAUUUUUUACUCAGCUUAUUAAUGUUAAUUAUGGGUACGAAUUUGGAAAUUAUCCAAAUUUGUAGCAUUGCAUAGUGCGAUAAGAAAACAUUCAACUUACGUAUAAAAUGAAAAUCUUGCUUGGAGAACGAUAAGUUAAAGUAAAACAAUUGCUAUGUCAUCGCUAACUGUACUGAUAAAACAAUGUAAAAGGAAACGCGUCUGUGUAGAAGAUCAAUUCUUUCUGAAGAGACUACUGCACUGCUGCAGUUCUGAUCAUAUAAUCAUAUUCAUUGUACAGAACUGCUCAGAAAAUAAAAGCUUUUUCUUCAUCGGUUUUGCCCAGUGUGUUACCCCAAAACCAAUGUUUUUCUUAUUUAAUGCCUUUAAAUAGCAUUUAAAUUAGUAAAGGACUUAGAAAAUAUUUUAAAUUAUUUGUGUAUUUAGAAAAUACUGUACGAAUUUAAACUGUUUUAAGAUAAUAAUGUUUAGAAACUAUUUUUUGAAACACAUUUCAGAUAAUAAAUGUAUGUACUAAUCAUAGCAUUCAUAAAAACUGAAAUUAAAUAUUAAAGCUAAAGCGUAUAUUAAUAUCACUUUACUUCUUUAUAAAACCCAUAAUUCCUUUACACAGUUCUUUGUACCUUUAACAGUUAAGUCGUUCUAUUAUAGUCUUUCAAUAAAUUUUAAAUUCAUGUGCUGAAUUAAAACCAUUAGUUGAAUCAUAUUUAUGAUAAAUGAAAAUUUUUCAGUUUCAAUAUUGAUUAAAUGUUUUUCAUGUCAGGUAUAAAUGUUGAGAUUUUUGCCCUUAAAAAAAUAAAAGCAUUUCUAGUAUGUUCAUUCGGACUCUUAAAAUAUUAAAUCGUAUAAUAUUUUAUAUAAGCAGCAUUCCGAAGGUGUAACUGUUACAUUUUUACUCCUGCUACUUUUGAAACAAUUGUAGUUUCCUUUUAAUUUAGUUAUUUUCAUCAAAUAACUUUCAUUAUUUAUUCAGAUAUAUGGUUUACUACUAAAAUCAAAAGUGCUCGAAAAUCUCAGAGUUAGAAAUUGUUAUGGUACACAUGCACGGACGCAGCUUAAAACUCCAACACAAGAUUUUAUCGGUAACAGAUGAAGGCCGAAAGUAUCGCUCGUGAUGUUCAAUGCAUAUAUAUAAGGGAAAUUCCAAUCGGAAACGUGUUACAAUAUGAAUGUAUGACAGAAAGAUGAGACGAUAAAUGAAAAGCCUCCAAAAUAUACUGAUAAAAAAUGCUCAGUAUGAAUGCGAUAUGUAUUAAGAUAUAAUAGUACUAUAGUAGAUAGUACUGUUAAAGAAGAGUGGCGCGUCACUUGAUCUAAAAACUCUUUUUAUUCCUCUUCGAAACGCAGCCAACAGCGUCAUGUUAUCUCAAGGCUUCAGUUUCCCUAUCUGGUAAAUUAUUUUUUUCUUUUACAUAUAAUUACCUACCAGUUGUAACAUCGAAUUCCUCUUUCAUUUUGUAUUUACAUGUUUGACAUAGUUUUCCUUACAAAGAAAUUCCCUUCUCCAUCUGGCAAGAAAACAUGUCAUUGAAAAUAGAUCUGUACGUUGUUCUCGAAUUUCGGCAAAUGAACAUCGAUAAUAUUCAGAAACGUAAAAACAACGUUUUACCGUUUACACGCCGAUAUUCCUGUAAUAGAGUACGUCAUUAGAAAGCACAGAAUAUUUUCUAAGCAUUUAUACCAGCAUUUCGCAGUAAAAUUAGGAGAUACGAUUACAUACUGAGCUUAAAAUAAGUAACGAAAUAUGUAAAUAUCUUUUCUGUCCUAAGAGACUUUCCUAGGGCUCUGAACAAUUCGGUUAGUUAAUCGAAAACGAAUGCUUCAGAGAUGAUAAGAAUCAAAUAGUAGCUAAUAUGUAUUUUAUUUUAUCUUGCCAUAAUCUGCGUUAAAUUAUAUUUAUUGAUAAAUAACAUCUACAAGUGAUUAUUUUAAAGCUAAGCAAAAUUCAGGCUGGCGUAUUGCUGUUUUAUCUAUUGAUAAUUAAAUGUUAUGAUAAAACGUUGUUUACGUUAAAUUCUCUUGAAAGCUGAGUAUUAAUUGUCCCAUUAGUGAAAUUAUAUAUGUUCAAAGCUAAAUGAAUAUCAUAAAUAAAAUUGCUCGUGAAGUAUACUACUUAGCUUAUUUGAACGGAACGUUAAUUUAUCAUUAAGUAUUACUACUGAACUAAAAUUCAACGAAAUGGAAUCAACUGUUUUAAAACAGAAUUAAAUAGGAACCAUAUCAAAACCUAACCUUUAAUUUUACUACGUAAUAUGAAAAAACUGAAGAUAAAACCUAGUAAUAUUAAAACAAUUUUUUAUUCUCUGUUUUAAUAUUACAUAUUAAUAUUUGUAAUUUACUACAUUGCAAUAGUAUACUAAACAGGAUAUUAAAAAUUUGUUUUCCAUCAUGCCGAGUUUUUGAAGCAUAUGCGAUCAGUUAAAGCAAAAAACACUGAAACGAAACUGAGUAAUUAUUAGUCAGUUUAUUAUCAGCAUGAGCUUCUUUUACCAGCUAAAAAUAAUUAUAUAAAGGCUACAAAUAAUUACAAAUAAUAUAUAAGGUAUUUCUCUCGCCUUCUUAGCAUACCUUUUUGGUGUAAUGGUCAACAUGCUCGUCGCGUAUUCGAGAGCUCCGAGGUUCGAGUCCCGGCAAGGGCACUGCUCAUUUUUCAUGUCUCCUGCUUUAGAAAUAACCUAAUAUCUUUACAAUGGUGCCCGAACGGGGAUUCGAACUAGAGAUCAGUCACUCGGGGCGUAUUCUAGAGGUCCGUGGUUCGAGUCCAGGCGAGGGCAUUGCUCAUUUCUUCAGUUUCUAACAUCGGAAAUUCUGAAUGACUCUAAAGCGGCGCCCGAACUAAAACAAGAUGGUGGGUAAUGGUUCUUCAGCACCAGGAUUUGGCGACCGGAUCCCUUAAUCCCUAGUCGCCCUUUAAAAGGGGGAGUAUAUAAGGUAUUUCUGCCGCCUUUGUGGUGUAGUGGUCAGCACAUUCGGCGUGUAUUCGAGAGGUCCGUGGUUCGAGUCCCCGCGAGGGCAUUUCUCAUUUUCACAUAUCCUGCUUUCUAAAUAGUCUAAUAUCUCUACAGUACAUGCUAAAACAUAUAUAGGCAUUUUAAGCAAGAUGUACUAAAUCCUAAUUUAAUAUUAAUGCAAAUGUACAGGAAAAAAACUUACAGAAUUACAAAGCUUCCAAGUACUUUUUGCAGGUUAUUGUUCAGAAUUAUAAAGAUUCAGUAAGUAAACAUUCUUUGCAAUUUAUGGUUUUAUUCGCGUGAACGAUACACUGCGUCACGUGAAUAAAAGUGCUAAUGCGAUCACAGAGGAGAAGCUUAAUCAAAUCAUCAACAGCAAGCUCACGUAGUGUUAAAAUUGAAGACAUUUUGGCUGUAAAUAAGGAAUUAAUUUAAGCGUUUCUUCAUAUAAUUUUUGCUAUUCAGAGCGUAUUUAUGUUUCAGCUGGAAACUCGUGUUACUAUGUGUUUGAAAGCUGAAGUAUUUUGUAAAAUUAAACUAACGUUUUAAGUAAAAAACUUCAUCUUUAUUAAAGCGUCAAAAUCCUGUAAAUAUGAAAGUUUGAUUUAUUAGCAUAUCUUAAGAAGAAAAAUCGCUUAACGUCGAAAUUUAGGCAGGGCUUAAUUUCUUAAAUUAGAAGAACCAAAGCGCUAUGGAAGAUCGUCAACGAACAAGAACACGAAUAAAUAAAUAAAUAAAAUUACUAAUAACUAAUAAUUAAAAUAUUAAUUAAUUAAUUAUUAAAAUAAUUAAAUAAUUGAUUAUUAGAUUAAUUAAAUAAUUAAAAUUAAAAGUUAAUAAAAUGUAAAGAGAUAAAUAAAAAUUUAAUAAGUUACUAAAUAAAUGGUAAGUAGUUAAAUAAUAAAAUAAAGUACUGGACCUUGAUUAUUUGGCGUUUCGGCUGGAAUUUAAAUUUCACACGAAUUUAAAUUUAUCACCGGUUGUUCUGAGAAGUAGCCCAGCCAGUCUCUGGUUGAGUUUAAUCUCUAAAUAUAAUGUAAUACUUCAAAGGAUGAUGGAAAAUGAAAAACAUUUUUUUUUUUCAGCACACCAAUGCAAUUUAAGCUCCGAAUUUGGGAGCAAGUAUCAAUACCUCUAAUUACUGUAAUCUCUAUAGACAACUUUAUUUACAUUACAAAUAAUGAAACGAAGUCAGUUUUUUCAUUGUUUUCAAAAGAACUUUAAGUAAUAUUUCAAAACUGCGUUUCGUUUAAGCUUUUAUUAAAAUGCUUACUCAAUAUUUGUAAACUGGAUUUGACUAGUCUAGUUGAGAGAGAAACCUGAGUAAUUUUUUUAAAGGUGAAAUAAAAUAUAUAAUUUACAGAAAGGAUGAAAUCCUGAAAUUUCAAUAUUAAGAUAAAAAAAUAUGUACUAAAAAUGGCAGAGUCUAGUUAUUUAUUUUGUAACACUUUCAUACUCUCUGUAUCCAAUUUGUUGAAGUUUUCUUUGAUUAGUAAAUGUUCUAGCAUCACUUGUAACUGAAAUGAGUGUUCUUACAGCUUCUGAUAUAAUGCGACAUUUUUUAAAGUCAUUGCUUGUAUAAUAUUUAUGAUGAAAUAAAGUGUUUUUAGAUGGAAAAAA